UUCUGUGUUGUUGUUGGUAUUGUGCUGGUAAUCAAUCAAUUAAGCCAACAAAAGAGAGCAGGACCCUUCAUCACCGUCUUCCAACCUCUCUCUCUCUCUCUCUCUCUCUCUCUCUCUCGCCAUUCCUAUAUUUAGUGCCGUCUCGAGGUUACAAGGUGGUUGUUCAGGCUCUCAGAUCUCGAGAAAGCAUUAGAUAUAGCAUAGCAUAUCCCCAUCUCUUACGUUUUCUUUCGCCAAAUUACCUUUUUUGGACCUAAAGCCACCGCCUUGGCUUUUCCCUUUAGAUCUAAGAGAACCCAUCUACUUAGUGGGAUUUUGUUCCAAACCUCGAGUUUUCAUGCCAAAGAUUCAGUUUUGAUCGAAAAGGAGAGGCAUUUUAGGUUUUUUAAGUUGCUUUUUGGUAAUCUGAGCUUUGGCAUCUAGAUCUGAGAGAAGCUAUUUUUACUUGAAAGAUUGGAGCUUUGAGAAUGGAUGGUGCUGUGGUGUCGGUGGUGAUGUUGUUGGCUUGUGGGCUGGGAGUGCUAGGAAGUGAGUCUGAUCACAGGUAUAAGGAAGGGGAACGUGUUCCUCUCUAUGCGAACAAAGUGGGUCCUUUUCACAAUCCAAGUGAAACGUAUCGGUUUUAUGAUCUUCCGUUUUGUGUGCCAGAACAUGUGACUGACAAGAAGGAAGCCCUCGGUGAAAUUCUCAAUGGGGACCGAUUGGUUGAUGCACCGUAUGAGCUGAAUUUCCGAGAAGAUAAACAGUUGAAAUCUGUUUGUAAAAAGACAUUGUUGAAAGAAGAUGUUAGAAAGCUUAGAGAUGCAGUCUCAAAAGACUACUAUUUUCAGAUGUACUAUGAUGACCUGCCCUUCUGGGGAUUCCUGGGGAAAGUUGAGAAGGACAAGCUUGACCCAAGUGAAUAUAAAUACUUGCUCUAUAAACAUGUGCACUUUGAUAUUUACUAUAACGAUGAUCGUGUCAUAGAACUAAACAUCCAAACUGAUCCAAAUUUGGCUGUUGACAUCACGGAGGACAAAGAAGUCAACGUGGAGUUCUCAUAUUCUGUUUCAUGGAAAAGGACUGAUACUCCUUUUGAGAAGAGGAUGGAGAAAUAUUCAAAAUCUUCUUCCAUGCCCCAACAUCUAGAGAUCCACUGGUUCUCGAUAAUUAACUCAUGUGUGACAGUUCUUCUGCUGACUGGUUUCCUUGCUACGAUUCUGAUGCGUGUGCUGAAGAAUGACUUUAUCAAGUACUCACAUGAUGAAGAAUCUCUUGAAGACCAGGAGGAGAGCGGUUGGAAGUAUAUCCAUGGGGAUGUCUUCCGAUUCCCCCAACAUAAGUCUUUGUUUUCUGCUGUCAUUGGAUCUGGAACUCAGCUCUUAGCACUUGCAAUUUUCAUCUUCCUUCUUGCCCUUGUUGGAGUGUUUUACCCAUACAACAGAGGAGCUCUUUUCACUGCUCUUGUUGUUAUCUAUGCUCUUACCUCAGGGAUUGCUGGUUAUACCGCCACAUCCUUCUAUUUACAGCUAGAAGGAACUAAUUGGGUGAGAAAUUUGUUGUUGACCGGGUUCCUUUUCUGCGGACCUCUGUUCCUGACUUUUUGCUUUCUUAACACUGUCGCAAUAUCAUACAGCGCCACUGCUGCCUUGCCUUUUGGUACUAUUCUUGUGAUCAUUCUGAUAUGGGCUUUAGUGACUGCCCCUUUACUUGUAUUGGGAGGUGUUGCUGGGAAAAACGGCAAGACUGAAUUCCAAGCUCCAUGCCGCACAACAAAAUAUCCCCGGGAAAUCCCUCAGUUGCCAUGGUAUAGAGGCACAAUUCCUCAAAUGGCAAUGGCCGGCUUCCUUCCCUUCAGUGCUAUCUACAUUGAGCUUUAUUACAUUUUUGCAAGUGUGUGGGGCCACAAGAUUUACACCAUAUACAGCAUCCUCUUCAUUGUUUUCAUCAUCCUCAUCAUAGUCACUGCAUUCAUCACCGUCGCCCUGACAUACUUCCAGCUUGCGGUAGAGGACCAUGAAUGGUGGUGGAGGUCGGUCCUUUGUGGAGGCUCCACCGGCAUAUUCAUACUUUGUUACUGUGUGUAUUACUAUCAUGCAAGAUCAGAUAUGUCAGGUUUCAUGCAGACAUCAUUCUUCUUUGGUUACAUGGCUUGCAUCUGUUAUGGGUUCUUCCUCAUGUUGGGCACUGUCGGUUUCCGGGCAUCUCUGCUGUUUGUGAGGCACAUAUAUCACUCCAUAAAGUGCGAGUAACUUCCGUAUGCUUAAACAUGAUAUAUACCUGUUGUAGUUAUAGCUAUAGCAGUGGCCAAUUGCCUGAGUUUUCAAUCCCGUAUGCCAUAUAUUUGCAAUUGCGAAUCCAUUAUGUCCUUUGUCAUCAAAGCUUGUUGUUUUUGUCAUGUUCGAACCAUAAAAUAACUGGUAGUAAUCAAAGAUCCAUGUUGUGGAAAA